AUUCUGUGUGGUACCCACUAGAGAUCCAAUCCAACUCAGUGCGAUCCAAACCCCACGUGCCACGGUUCUACCACUUGGCCUUUUAAAUCUUGUUUCACUCAAUUUUCCUUUUAACCGUUAACACUUUCUUUCCCGGGGAUCUUCACUCUCAAGUUUUCUCGCUUCCCAAACACCCUCGGCACGGACACAGAACCCUGGAACGAAUGGCUUCGUCGCCGGCCAAGGUCGAGCUCCGGGAGCUUGGGAACACUGGGCUCAAGCUCAGUUGUGUGGGCUUCGGGGCGUCGCCUUUCGGCAAUGUCUUCGGCCAAGUCUCCGAUGACGAUGCCAUCACCUCCGUCCGGGAGGCCUUUCGCCUAGGCAUCAACUACUUCGACACCUCUCCAUAUUACGGAGGGACUUUGUCAGAGAAGGUACUUGGUAAGGCACUAAAAGCUGUAGGAGUUCCAAGACACGAGUAUAUUGUAUCAACAAAGUGUGGGCGGUACAUUGAUGGUUUUGACUUCAGUGCCGAUCGAGUGACUAGGAGCAUUGAUGAGAGCUUGGCAAGGUUGCAGCUAGAUUACGUUGAUAUCCUGCAAUGCCAUGACAUUGAAUUUGGAUCUCUAGAUCAGGUUGUGAAUGAGACUAUUCCUGCACUUCAGAAAUUAAAGGAAGCAGGGAAGAUCCGUUUUCUUGGAAUUACUGGACUUCCUUUGGAAAUUUUUACUUAUGUACUUGAUCGGGUGCCACCUGGCAUAGUGGAUGUAAUUCUGUCUUAUUGCCACUACAGUAUUAAUGAUUCAACAUUGGAGGAUUUACUACCUUACCUAAAGAGCAAAGGGGUUGGUAUAAUUACUGCUUCUCCACUUGCAAUGGGUCUUCUUACUGAGAGUGGUCCUCCAAGUUGGCACCCAGCUUCACCUGAACUCAAGUCUGCAUGCCAAGCUGCUGCUGCCUAUUGUAAAGAAAAGGGGAAAAAUAUUUCAAAGUUAGCUAUGCAAUAUAGCCUGUCAAAUAAAGACAUUUCAUCUGUGCUGGUUGGAAUGAACUCUGUUAGACAGGUUGAGGAGAAUGUUGCUGCUGCUCUGGAUCUCGAAACUGCUGGGAAAGAUGAGGAAACUUUGUCAGAGCUUGAAGCUAUCCUGAAACCUGUGAAGAAUCAAACAUGGCCAAGUGGAAUCCAACAGAGAUAACUACUGCCUUCAUGUUGGUGAAUUAUUUCUGUUCGCCCAGUAAUAAAUAACAAACUAAUCCAUUUGAAGGCAAAUUCAAAUACUUAUAUGCUUGUCAUCUAAGCAUACACUAUGCAUCAUUUCUUUUUCUGGGACAGAAUGUAGACAUUAUAUAUUGUGAUUUUGGAGUAAUGUGAUAAGGUUCGCCUCUGCUAGCCAAAAGGAAA